AAUUUGGUCGAUCGAACAUGGUGGAAUCGGAGACAGUGCCAAUCGUGCCUCCGUCAACCGAGUCGGUCGCGUCGGCUCCACAUGCUCGCGGCCUGGUGCGCAUCUUGCUGCAAAUGGAAGGGGCCGCUUUGAUGGUGGCUUGUAUCGUGGCGUACUAUCAUCUCCAAGGCAAUUGGUGGGUGUUCGUUGCAGGGUUUUUCGCUGGCGACCUGCUCUCGGUGGGGUAUGCGUUUGGGCCUGCUGUCGGCUGUGUUGUGUACAAUACGUCGCACACUCUUGUCGGGCCGACAGUGGCGGCGACGCUGUUCUUCCUGUGGACCGAACACACCUGGCUGGCUUAUGUCGCAUGCAUAUGGGGUGCCCACCUUGGCUGGGAGCGGUCCUUGGGGUACGGAUUACGAUACCCAGAUGGCUUUACGAGCACGCACAUCACCGUCGACCAAGACCCCGUGGAGUACCUACAGCAAUUGAUGGAGCCCGCGAAGCCGGCCAACAACGUCGACCCCACCACGGCACUGUCGUCGACGGCAGUGCCCAACUACCAGUCUACGACAUCGCCUGCGCGAGAGGAACGAGUGUAACAAGUCGCAGCUCCUUCGCUCUUGGACUUUGACGACAGGCCUUCGGUAGACCACGUAGCCGUCUCCUGCACAAAUCGAGUACAUGUCUCAAGAUGAUGCAGGGGAGCCUUCUUCUCCGUGGCGAUACUGCAGUGCUAUCAGUAAAUGCACGUUGUGACCCCCGAAAACGU